AUGUCGGCUACUGGCAAUGUUCCCACAGGCGACGCUUCAGACGUCAACGGUGAUCCGUGGCGUGCAUUAAAAAAGAAUUUCGUCUACGUGUGCAAUACAUUGCGUCUCACGUACAUGCUUCUCUCUUGUUUGUAUGAGAAAGAUUUCCUAUUAGCAGACGACUUUGAGGCUCUAACAGGUAAUAAUUUGAGCGACGACGAAAAGCUGAAUCGUCUCCUCCUGACGAUUCUUCCUCGUCAAUCAGCGUCCAUGUUCAAACCGUUUUGCGAUAUUCUCUGUCAUGUUGGGCAAGGGCAUAUUGUUGAUUGCUUGCUGGGGAAUCACCAUCUUGUCCGCCUUCCUUCAGAACAAAUCAGCAAGGACCAAGAAAGUAUUAGAAAAAUGAAAACGAUUCUAGAGCAAUUGGAGAGAACUAUAAAGUUGGAAAGAGAGAACAAAAGACAACAGGAACGACGAGCUGAUUUUGAGAGGGAUCGCGCUGAGAGGGCAGAAUCUGUAGCUAGGGCCCAGAAAGUUCGAGCGGACAAGCUUAGUAGAAAGAACGCUAGCGCUGUAGCAGAGAAACAAGAACGGGAGAUAACCACUUUCGGUCAGCGAUACGCGAAGUCUUGCAAAGACAAGACUGGACAUGUGCAGAUCAGUGAUGGAAGCUUUGGUUGGAAACUAUGGAAUGAUACAGUUUCUUCUCGUGUGCAAAUUGGCUCAUUAGCAGAAUGUAACGGGAAAUUAUUGGUUGCUGAGAAAUGGGGUGAUCUUCAUGUUCUGACAGAUGACAACGAAACGUGGGAGACUUUUGUGAGGUACCAGGGUGACAUACGGCGUGUGGUGGCUUUUCAAGACACGUGUUUAGUGUUGGUUAAAGACGAAGUGAAAAACCAUUUUGUGAUUGAGCAAUUUUGUAUGGAUGAGGAGAAUAAAUGGCGACCAGUUACAGUGCUGCCAAAUGAACAGCAAUUAUCUUGUGUCUCAGUUGCACUACAGAGCAACUUACUGUAUGCUGUGGGUGGCAUAGCCAGUUCAGACUGGAAAAGAGUAAGCACAGCCCGCGUUUUCGAUGUAAACGCAAAUCGGUGGAGCGUAUUGGAAGACAUGCUGACAAAACGAUCAGGUUGCUCAUGUUUUGUUUUUAAUGAUUCAGUCUACGUAGGUGCAGGUUGGACUGACAACGCAGAGCCAUGUCAUACAGUUGAGUGUCUUCGAAAGGGAAGCAGGUAUUGGGAAGAGUUCGUUUCCUAUCCCAUUCCAAUGUCUACUAUGACAGCAUUUGGUAACAAGAUCGUGUCAACUGGAGGACAGAAUGACGAUUAUUCACUUUUGAAUGAAGUGCAAUGGUUUGAUGAAAGAUUGAUGCAGUGGCAUCCUCUUCCUGCUAUGACACGAAAGAGGAGUUGGCAUGGUCUGUUGUCAACUGAGCGUGGAGAGAUUAUUGCAGCAGGUGGAGAGAGGGUUAGUGCAAAGGACAGCAGUGCUCAGCAGUCUUUGGAGAGUUUGCAAAUUAGUGACCUAUGACAGUGAGCAUAUCACAUAGCAUCUAAGAUGUGUACGUAGGACACAAAGAAAUAUCGCUGUCUGCUUUUGUCUCUGGCUUAGCUAUCUGGCUGUCAACUCAUUUACUAAAAUGAGUUGCUUUCAUUUUUAGUAGAUUAAAUUCUGUUUGCAGUUUGUAACCGAAU